GAUCAUCAAUAAUAGUCUGUCGAGAUCUAGAUUGUCAGUGAAAAGUAAAGGAAAUACCAUGGGCAGUGAUACUUCUAAGAAACAGAAGAAAUGCAACUUGUAUGGACAUGUUACCGGGGAAGAAUCUGAUAGUGAAAAUUCUUCGGUGUACCAUGAACCCUACAAACUACUUCCGAAUGGUAAACAGGAGUAUGGUUGUCUACUGAAGAAAGAGGGUAUUUCGACUAGUAAAAGCGGAGAAUAUACAGAAAUUCCUGUUCCAGAUUUCACCAGCGUCAACAGUUUUCCAGAAGACAUGAAAUUCACUCCACAGACGUUCUAUAAUUUAACCCCUCCGCCUCCGCCAUCUUCUCGACCACCUGCAUAUGACGUUCAAAAUGGAACCGUUGUCCAGAAUGGGGCCAUUCCAUCAGAAAACUACUACGCAGCUACUGACAUCAUCAAGGUAUUCACACAAAAAUAAACAA